UUUAUCUUGUAGCUGAACACACACAUUUGCAAGAGGUUGUUCAAUAAGGGAAAGGCAACAAGCCAAGGCACGGUUCAAACCUUGGAAGUUUGUUCCAGCAUCAUCCAACACUGCUGUUGACUGCAGAGACGGAAUUUGUCAAUGGCCUGGAAGAGUUAACCGCUGGCUUGAAACAAAGGAUUCCCUGGCUUGUCUCUUGGCUUUGUGAGAAGCGAAGGACGAGUUUGUAAGAUGGAGUUUAACAAGUUUCUGGGUGCAUCAGGAGGACAUCGGCGAAGACAAGAGGAAGCUCCUGCCGGUGCAGGCAGCAGUGAUGCUGAAGUCAGAGAUGACCUGGAUUGUGUACAAAUGUAUCUCACCUGUUUACCUGAGAGAUACAUGAAGGCAAAGUUUACUUUGACAGCCUAUCUGGCAUGUUGGCUAAUCUUGAUACUCUGCAAGAGAGCUUGGGAGAGAAGAUGCUCAACUUCCCAAAAGGCUCCUGAGCCAGUAGAAAAUUGUACAAGUGAAGGAGAGCUUGAUGAAGAUCAGAAUUCUUCUGUCCCAAGUACAUUGGAGCUGGAGGUACGUGGAUCAGGCCAGGAAACAGAUGAAGACUAUUUUGAGACCCAAUCACAUCAGAGUGAAUCACUGUCUGACAUCAAAACAGAGCCUUAUGAAAGUGCAUCAGACUCUGAAUCCAUUGCCAGUGAUGUAACUAGAGAAACCAACUUGAGUUCAUAUUGCCUUUCUUCAGAAAUAGAAGACCCAUGGCAUAAGUAUUCUGAAACAAAAGCAGAAAUAGCUCACUCGAAGUCUGAGUGUGAAAGACAGCUGGGAUUUAUAAAGAAGGAAGCAGCAGAUCUGCCAUCAGUUUUACAUGUAGGAGUAAGCAAAACUGAACUGGAGAUGCUAGCAACAGAAUCAAAAGCAGAAGAAAUCAAUGGAAAAGAGAAUGUGUUACCCAACAGUAUUACCUGUCUCACAUCUAAAACUCAUAAGGAGGACUCUGUGUUAUUGAGCAUGGAGGCAAAUUUAGUGGAGAGUGGCGCACAUUACUGUGUUGGCUCAAAAAAUCUUGCUAAUGGUGCUAUUAGCAAAUGCAAUCUAAGGACAGAUACAAAAACAUGUGCUAAUCUCAGAGCAAACUCUGAAAGCUGUCUGAAUUUCUUUGAACCUCGGCAUUUUUCUGCCCACUCAGAAGCUGCUUCACGAUACAGUUUGCCUAACAUUCACUUAGAAACAAACAGAACAUGGAAAAGAAACUGUGAAGCAUCCAAAGUAAAGUAUAAGCAGGACUGCAUACCUAGUACAAAGUGCAAUAGGAUGAACAUUACUGAUAGUCAAAUACCUGCUGAUGGCCAGUUGUGUGGCAAAAAGCUCAAGGCCACAGGUUUGCCAUCUUUAACAUCUACAUUUCAGCUGCCACCUGUAAGGCCAGGGAUCUUAGAAAUGAAGCCAUGGCACAGCUCACCUGAAAACAUAAUUACCCAAGCAGCCAGAGAAAACAAUGACUGUAUUUGUCUGGCAGAUAAAUUAAGUUGGUCAUGCUCCAGAAUACCCCUAGAAGUGUCAGGAUUUGGGCAUAUAAGGGAAAACUUUAAAAGGUCUGAUGACAGCCGAAAGGGUUCUUUAAAGAUGGAAAAAGAUAUAGAUUUUGAAAGAUUACUUUUUAAUACACACACUGUCUUAAAUCAGAGCCAGUUGACACAGGCAGCCAGCUCCCAAUGGGCUGCCAAUGAGAAUUUGCACAACAAAUCCAAGAUCUAUGGCCUUAUAACAAAAAGAGCAGAUACAUCAGAAUGUGAUUCUUUGGCACUAUCCCAGCUGCCCUAUCACAUAGUGGAUAAUUUCAAACAGGGGAAUUCUUCAACUCUGGAAUGUGCCCCCCAAAAUAUAAAUGCCAAAAUAGUAUUAAAAAAUCAGGCUACAUCAGAGACUGAGACAGAAAUGAAAGGGUUCUGUCAGAAAUGUAGUUCUGAAUCUAACACCCAUGAUGCUGAAGAAUAUUUCAUGGCAGAUAAAGGUGAUGCUGGUAGUAUUCAUGCUUCUAUAUUUAGUACAGAGAUGAACAUGGAGAGACAAUAUCUUGAAACUCAAAACAGUGAGGCCUUUCUAGGGAGAACUGCGGUGAGAAGCAAGUCUGGAGUUGAUUUACAUUGUGGGGUGAUGGAUAGGAUUCUUUUAUCAAGUGGAAAAGACUUCACAGAAGAACAAAAUGAAAUUGUUCUUCAAAAGAUGAGCAGGACUUCCAGUGCCUUAAAAUGUUCAUCUAAUCAGGAAAGAACAAAUGUGCAACUCAUGAAUACAGAAAGGAAGGACUGUUGUUGUAGUUGUGGCAGUGAAGGUGUCUCUGAACUAGCAGUGAAGCCAGAGUACAUUUGCCAGGGGAAAAAACCAGAAAAGCUUCCAGAGUUAAAGACUUUAUUGAUGCCAGAUUUUGGCCAAAAAGGAUUAGAACUGAGGGAGCUGGAAGGUGAGAAAUCCCUGGGUGAAUCUGCUACUGAAAUACUGGAAUAUGAGAAGUCAGCCUUUCAUUUCAGCACCACAGCAGAUGCCACAGAAUCACAGGAAAAUAUCAGUGCACAGUCCAGUAGUGGAAAAGACAGUUUGCCUAUACAGGUUAUUUCAGGCAGCAAUAGUGAUUUCCCUGUUAGACUGGCCACCCAAGAAGAUGCAAAAAAUGCACACGAGGAAGCAGAAGCAACUUUUCUGGAUUUAUCUUCAGUACCAGACCCUUUAGUGUCAGACCCUACAGGAGCUGGUGCGGUGAAUGGUUCUCUUAGAGCAAAUUUAAGUUUGGAAAGUGCUACACAAACCUGGAAAGAAUCACGUGCCACAAAUGCAGAGGCAUUACAUAGAAACCCCUGCAAAAUGAAAGCUAAUUCUGUCCCAAAGACUGUGCAAGAAGCAAACCUGCUGUUGAAAACCUCAAGUUGUAUAGUUGUGGAUGAACUUUUGCCUGCAAAUCUAGAGCAGAACAUUUGUGUAAGUCUGUCAAGAGUACAGGAAGUGAACAGCAUUCAUAACCUGUGUGAGGAUGACACUAUUGCAUCUAAGACCUUAGGGAAUAAUGAUUCUAACAAGCAAAUACUUGGGGAAGAUAACACCAAACAUUGUGAUACAGUACAAGAGAAAAUAGACCUUUCCCCAAGCACAGAACUAAACAGAGGCUUCUCUACAGAAGAUCCAAAGUGCUUCAUCACAACAGGUGGGCUGAAUUCAAACCCAGAUAUAUGUGAAAAUUCGGUGAAAGCUAACAACCAAGACAGUAGCAGUGCAGGCCUGGAUAAUAUCAGCACUGGGAGCACAAACAGUGAGGAGAUGGAUGAGAACCUUUGUAAUUUCCUGAGUAAUAAUAACAGUUUCUAUAAGGCAUUGCAAAAGAACAACAAGGUUGGGGCCAUAGAGAGGUCUGCUAAGCAUUCAAAAUUUUUAGCCUUUUCAAAAAUGGCAUCUUUUAGGAAAACUAGGCUUGCAAGUGCUGAAAAUCAGGACAGCAUCAAGACCAAGACAGGAACACUAGAUGAAGAUAAAGAGGAAGAGAUGGAAGAUGGUAUGAAACCCAUCAGUUCACCCAACUCUCCUUUCCAAAGCAGAGAACAUUGCCUUGCAGAGUAUUCAGAUGAUGACGACUUAUUUUAUGAGAGACCUGCUGGACUCUUCAACAGGAUUAGCCUGAGAAAAGCUUCAGGCUCUGGACGCAUACUUAUGGAAGGUGUAGGAACAAACACUUCUCCUGUGCUGCCCAGAACAAAAUACACAGAAGGAAAAGUUUUAGGGUCUGUGGAGAAUAAUGAGAAUGACGCUUCAGAGUAUUCUGAGCUCAGGAAAUCGUCAUCUGAAAAUGACUUUAAAAGAAACAAAAGCACAGAGGGUAAAAAAUUUAGGAGUCGGUUAGCCUUGGCUCACAGGUCCUUUUCAAGUUUCUUUGAAUCUAAAUCGCUGGAGAAGGAAAAUGCUGAACAUAGUCCAAAGGUUUCAAUGAAAAAUGAAAAGGAAAAAGCCAAGUUGCACCAAACAUCCUGGAAAGCAUUUUUGAAAAGCAAGGAGGCAGAUGGUCUGAAACGGUCUGCAUUAACUAGUUCUCUUCCAACACAGCAGAGUCCUUGUUCAAAUAGGAACCAUGGCAGCCUUGUGAGAAGAACAUCCAAGGAAAAACAGGGAUUUCACAAUGGGCAAGUAUCUAUGAGAUCAAGUGUGGCUAAUGGCUCAUCUACAGAAACUGCAUAUUUGGAUUCCUCUGGAACUGGUGACUUUCCAUCAACCAACACAAGGAGGAGGAUGAGAGAGCCAUGUCAUGAUCUGACUAUACAGUGUCCACAUAGCUCAGACUGUAAUGGGAAAGAAGCAGCAAUAGGCAAUGAUGGGGAUAGUUCCUUGGAAGAAUUCUGGUUGAAAUCUCCAAUUAGCCCAGUUGAUCUGCAGUCUUCAUUUUCUCAUUUCACUCCCUCUUGCCCUCAGUUGUCUAUGUAUGAACGUAAAGAUAUGCCAUCUAGGCCCAUGAGUCCCAAACCACAAAGUCCUCGAACCAGUUCUCAACGCAGAGGUUUCCAUUACCCUGGGAGAUUAAGUUCCACAUCAAUGAUAUCUCUUGGAAAUAUCUCCAUGACUGAUGGUAGUUUGGAAGCACCUGAGAGGCCAAAAACACUAAAGCCCAGAUCUAGCUUCUUGCAAUCUGUUCACUCCCUAGAUAAUGACUACCUGAAAGAAGACAGUGGGAUAAGCAGCCAGUCACAGAUCAGCUUAAACAUGAUUUCUUCAGUGAGUGAUAUCAUCAGAGAUGAGGAGACUACCCAACCCAGCCAGAUUUCACCAGAAAAGAGGCCCGGUGAAAAACGUGGUCUCCAUUGCAAAAAGAGGUCUACUCAGAUGCCACUAUCUCCACAUUCAUUCUCAAAUACAGAGAACAAAGCCUGGCUGCUUCCCUUUCAUGUUCAGGAAGGGAAAGCAAAAGAGCAUGCCCAGAGGAGGAGACACAGACCCCUAUACAAGCAUUUCAGCUUUGAUGACACAUGGAUGGAGAGGAAUCGGAAAAGGAAGCUUAUGAAAGAGACACAGUCAGGCAGAGAGAACGAAUUGAGUAACCUCCCAGAGGAUCUGUUAAAAGUUAAAAUGAGACCAUCCAGUACUUCCUCUGUGCCCUUUGAUGCCCUGCCUAUCAAGCUUCACCUCUAUUCCCAGAGUACACCUACAGGAUUAGACUGCGUGGGUUUGAAACGACGGAUCUCCUUUCCUGUAAUCGCUGAUGGAUCACUGGAAAAAUCUAGUGACGAUGUGGGAAGUGAAGAGGACUUGUAUGAUGACUUCCGAAGUUCCAGUCAUCGUUAUGGCCAUCCUGGUGGCGGCGGAGAACAACUUGCCAUUAAUGAGCUCAUCAGUGAUGGUGGUGUGGUGUACGCUGAAGCACUCUGGGAUCAUGUCACCAUGGAUGAUCAAGAGCUAGGCUUCAAGGCUGGUGAUGUCAUUGAAGUAAUGGAUGCUACUAAUAAAGAGUGGUGGUGGGGCAGGAUCAUGGACAGUGAAGGAUGGUUCCCAGCCAGCUUUGUACGGCUUCGAGUAAACCAGGAUGAACCAAUGGAGGACUAUCCUUUGAAGCUAGAAGAUGGUAGGGAAGAAGAUUCAAGAAGCGCUGCCCACCGUUAUGGUAUGGGACAUACGAAUAAGGAUCAGAUGAGAACUAAUGUUAUCAAUGAAAUCCUGAGCACAGAAAGAGAUUACAUCAAACACCUGAAGGACAUCUGUGAGGGCUAUAUAAAACAAUGCCGUAAAAGAGCAGACAUGUUCACAGAGGAGCAGCUGAAGACAAUCUUUGGGAAUAUUGAAGAUAUCUACAAGUGCCAGAAGAAAUUUGUUAAAGCACUGGAGAAGAAGUUCAACAAAGAUUAUCCACAUUUGAGUGAGGUUGGCUCCUGUUUCUUGGAAUACCAAAAUGAGUUCCAGAUCUAUUCCGAAUACUGUAACAACCAUCCAAAUGCUUGCAUGGAGCUUUCCCGCCUCACCAAAGUGAGUAAAUACGUGUAUUUCUUUGAAGCAUGUCGCUUGCUUCAGAAGAUGAUUGACAUCUCUCUGGAUGGCUUUCUCCUGACUCCAGUGCAGAAGAUUUGCAAGUAUCCAUUACAGCUUGCAGAACUGCUGAAAUAUACCAAUCCACAACAUAGGGAUUUUAAAGAUGUUGAAGCUGCUCUAAAUGCCAUGAAGAACGUAGCAAGGCUCAUCAAUGAGAGGAAGAGACGUUUGGAAAACAUAGACAAAAUUGCUCAGUGGCAGAGUUCAAUAGAGGACUGGGAGGGUGAAGAUGUUCUUGUCAAAAGUUCUGAACUCAUUUACUCUGGGGAAUUAACCAAAAUUUCCCAACCUCAAGCCAAGAGCCAUCAAAGAAUGUUCUUCCUCUUUGAUCAUCAGCUUGUCUGCUGCAAGAAGGAUCUCCUGCGACGUGACAUCUUGUAUUAUAAGAGUCGAAUCAACAUGGACCACAUGGAGAUUCUGGAUGUGGAAGAUGGGAAGGAUAAGGACUUCAAUAUCACUGUUAAAAAUGCAUUCAAAUUGUACUGUAGGGACACAGAAGAAGUCCACUUAUUCUGCGCCAAAAAGCCAGAACAGAAACAGCGCUGGCUGAAGGCAUUUGAAAAUGAAAGGAAGCAGGUUCAGCUUGACCAGGAAACUGGUUUUUCCAUUACUGAGGUACAGAAGAAACAAGCCAUGCUUAAUGCCAGCAAACAGAACCAGAGUGGAAAACCAAAAGUGGUCACCAGGACGUACUAUGAUUUUUUGAUGCGUCAAAAGCAUCCCACAUUACCUACCAAUCUUCCCCAGCAGCAAGUCUUCAUGUUGGCAGAGCCCAAACGCAAGCCUUCCAACUUCUGGCAGAACAUCAGCAGGCUGGCACCCUUUCGAAAAUAAGGGGAAGCAAUCCAAUCUUGUGCCUGAAAUAUCUUCUGAGAAAGCACUUUAUGCAUCAAAUCCUGCAAAACUAAGCACUGGCUCCCUCUCCUGUCUUUCAGAGGGAUAGCAUUUUCCCUCUCCUUACUCCUUUUGGCCAGACUGAAAGAGUUGAAAAGUAUUAUGACAUUGUCACAUGUGCGUUUCUAUGUAUGUGAAAGUGAUCUGAACCUGCAUCCAGCUCACUGAGUACCCAAGAGAAAUCCAGAGAGUUAGAAGUCUCUACCCACCCCUUUUAUUUUUCUUGAACUUCUUCAUUUUAUUGCUUUCCUUUUGGACUGCUCCCCCAACCCGGAAUGUGAUUCCCAGUCAGUUCCAAUAAGGCUGCUAGACCAAGAAGGCAAGUGGAUGUGGCAAUUGCUUGGCCUUUGCUCUGAGCAGCUGUUUAGUGUUGCUGCUGUUAGACUUUUGUCUGGAGCAAUGGACUCCUAUUCCUCACCCUUUUUCACAGAAAUCCUGAAACCAACUGAGUGUUCACAAAGAGGCACCUUUCAACCUACUUUAGCUAAAAGAAAACUACUGAGAAGGAACAAGAAAAUAACUGACAAAACUGAAGCAUGACUAACAACCAAGACUGUUGCAAUUUACCCGAGUUGUUGUACAUCGUGGGGGAGGGGGAAAUGUGCCUAAAUUCACUUUGAAUUAUUAUUUUCUUUCUUUCUAGCAACACUUUGCCAUAAUUCCAGGCCAAUGAAUUUUUUGUCAAUGUUUUUUAAAUGUUUAUUUAUGGUAAAAGUGCAGAUAACUGUAUUUUGUAAGA